AUGCAUACAGAAAGUUUCAGAGCUGUUUCUGGAAGAGGUGCAAUAAAGGAGGCAACCAAGACAUCAAGUAUCUAUCCUGGAAGUAAUGUAGAACAGUUGACAGAGGCAACUCAAACAACAGAUGUAAAGAAAAAACUUGAGACACAACCAGUGAGUCUUCCAGAGACUGAUAUGGAAAGAUUAACAGAUACUAUUGGAAGAGGUACAAUAAAAGAGAUUGAUAUAGACAGCUUCACAGAUGCUAUUGGAAGAGGUACAGUAAAGGAGGAAACUGAGGUACAAUCAGAAAUUCAUCCUGAGUCUGAUGUAGAAGUCUCUGUAGAUGCUAUUAGAAAAAGUUCAAUAAAGAAGACAGAUAUACAGAACUUUGUGGAUGCUGUUAGAAGAGGCUCAAUAAAGGAGACUGAUAUGGAAAACUUUGCAGCUGCUAUUAGAGGAGGCUUAAUAAAGGAGACUGAUAUUGCGAUUCUCAUAGAUACUAUUGGAAAUGGUUCAAUAAAGGAGGAAACAAAGGCACAAUCAGAGAUUCAUCCUGGGAGUAAUGUGGAAAGUUUGACAGAUGUAAUACAAGGAACAGGUUCGAAAAGACAACUCAGGAUAGAACCAGUGCCACUCCCAGAGAGUGAUAUAGAAAACUUUACAGAUGUAAUGCAAGGAACAGAUGCAAAGGAACAAUUCAGGACACAACCAGUGAUGCUCCCAGAGACUAACAUAGAAAGCUUUCCAGAUGCUACUGGAAGAGAUUCAAUAAAGGAGACUGAUCUAGAGAGCUUCGCAGAUGCUACUGGAAGAGGUUCAAUAAAGGAGACUGAUCUAGAGAGCUUCGCAGAUGCUACUGGAAGAGGUUCAAUAAAGGAGACUGACGUAGAGAGCUUCGCAGAUGCUACUGGAAGAGGUUCAAUAAAGGAGACUGACGUAGAGAGCUUCGCAGAUGCUACUGGAAGAGGUUCAAUAAAGGAGACUGACGUAGAGAGCUUCGCAGAUGCUACUGGAAGAGGUUCAAUAAAGGAGACUGACGUAGAGAGCUCCGCAGAUGCUACUGGAAGAGGGUCAAUAAAGGAGACUGACGUAGAGAGCUCCGCAGAUGCUACUGGAAGAGGGUCAAUAAAGGAGACUGAUCUAGAGAGCUUCGCAGAUGCUACUGGAAGAGGUUCAAUAAAGGAGACUGAUCUAGAGAGCUUCGCAGAUGCUACUGGAAGAGGUUCAAUAAAGGAGACUGAUCUAGAGAGCUUCGCAGAUGCUGCUGGAAGAGGUUCAAUAAAGGAGACUGACGUAGAGAGCUUCGCAGAUGCUGCUGGAAGAGGUUCAAUAAAGGAGACUGACGUAGAGAGCUUCGCAGAUGCUGCUGGAAGAGGUUCAAUAAAGGAGACUGACGUAGAGAGCUUCGCAGAUGCUGCUGGAAGAGGUUCAAUAAAGGAGACUGACGUAGAGAGCUUCGCAGAUGCUGCUGGAAGAGGUUCAAUAAAGGAGACUGACGUAGAGAGCUUCGCAGAUGCUGCUGGAAGAGGUUCAAUAAAGGAGACUGACGUAGAGAGCUUCGCAGAUGCUGCUGGAAGAGGUUCAAUAAAGGAGACUGACGUAGAGAGCUUCGCAGAUGCUGCUAGAAGAGGUUCAAUAAAGGAGACUGACGUAGAGAGCUUCGCAGAUGCUGCUAGAAGAGGUUCAAUAAAGGAGACUGACGUAGAGAGCUUCGCAGAUGCUGCUAGAAGAGGUUCAAUAAAGGAGACUGACGUAGAGAGCUUCGCAGAUGCUGCUAGAAGAGGUUCAAUAAAGGAGACUGACGUAGAGAGCUUCGCAGAUGCUGCUAGAAGAGGUUCAAUAAAGGAGACUGACGUAGAGAGCUUCGCAGAUGCUGCUAGAAGAGGUUCAAUAAAGGAGACUGACGUAGAGAGCUUCGCAGAUGCUACUAGAAGAGGUUCAAUAAAAGAGGAAAUCCAGGCACAAUCAAAGACUCAUCCUGAUAGUCAUAUGGAACACUUAACAGACACAAUUGGAGGAACAGAUGCAAAGAAAAAACUCAAGACAGAACCACUGAGUCUGACAGACUCUGAUAGAGAACGUGUCAUAGAUGCUACUGGAAGAGGCUUAAUAAAGGAGAAAAUUAAGACACAAUCAACGAUUCAUCCCGCUGGUAAUGAAGAGCACUUUACAAGUCAAGCUGGAAGAACAGAUACAAAUUGGCAACUCAGUGCACAACCACCAACCCUCCCAGAGACAGAUACAAAAAGCUUCACAGAUGAUACUGGAAGAGGUGCAAUAAAGAAGGCUCACACAAAAAGCAUCACAGAUGAUACUGGAAGAGGUGUAAUAAAAAAAGCUGAUAAAGAAACCUUCACAGAUAUUAUUGGAAAAGAUUCAAAAAAAGAGGAAACCAAGUCACAAUCAAGAAUUCAUCCUGGGAGCAAUGUAGAACACUUGACAGAUGCAAUUAGAAGAACAGAUACAAAGGGACAACUGAAGACAAAACCAACUAAGAUCCCAGAGGCUGAUACAGAACACUUCAUGGGUCCUAUUGGGAGAGGUGCUAUACGUAGGGACAGCAAGAUACAGUCAAAGAGUCAUCUUGGAAUUAGUGUAGAACACUUAACAGGUGCAACUAGAAGAACAGAUGAAAAGGGUCAACCCAAGACCCUACCACUGAAGAUUGCAGAGGCUAAUACAGAAUACCUCCCAGGUAUUAUUGAAACAGGUGCCACACAGGAGGAAAUCAGGAUACAAUCGAAGAGUCGUCAUGACCCGGAUAGGGAAGACAUUGUUGGUGUGAGUGGUAGAGUUAUAGCAUUUGAGGAAAUGAAGACACAAUCAAAGAGCCAUACUGGUUUGGAUUUCAGCAAACCCAAGAAUAUAGUUACACAGCAACAAGAUGCAUUUAACAGACACACUACACUGCGAAAAUUUCCAACAAAAGUGAUAAAUUUUUCACCCUUUAAUAAAGAAGAGAAAUAUAAUGAGGAGAUUUUAUUUUAUGUGACUGACUUUUCUGAAACACUUCCUAGAAGAUCUCAUGAUGAGUCAGGCAUUUAUAAAGCCACCCAUUUACCUUCAAUGAAUAAAGAACUUCCAGACACUGAUAUAAAAUAUGCCCCAAGUGUGUUUCGAAGAGGUACUAUAUAUGAAGAAUUCAAGAUACGAUCCAAGGGUCAUCUUGGGAGUAAUGUAAAACACUUGACAGAUGCUGAUGCAAGAAGAGAUAAAAAGAUAAAACUCAAGAGACAAUCACAAAUUGUCCCAGAACACUACGCAGAUGUGACUGAAAGAAGUUUAAAACAUGCUGAAAUGAAGGCAAUAACAAAAUCUUAUCUUGACUCUCUUGCAGAACAAUUCACAGGAGCAAUUAGAAGAAGUAGUACUCUUCGUGGGGAAACCAAGAGACGAUCAAAGAGUCAUUUUGGGAGUAAAGUAGGGUACAUGACAGAUACCGUUGCAAGCACAGUGGCAAAGGACCAUCCCAUGACACAUGCACUGACUCACCCAGACUCUAUUAUAGAACAAUUUACAGAUACAAUUGGCAGAGAUAUUACACAUGGGGAAACCAAGAAAGCAUCAAAAAGUCAUCUUGAACACUACGUAGAUGUGACUGAAAGAGCUAUAAUACCUGCAGUGAAGGAACCAUCGAGGAGUCAUAUUGACAGUCUACUAGAAAAACUCACUGAGAUGAUUGCAAGAGCUACACCUCAUGGGGAAACCAAGAAACAACCACAGAGUCAUCAUGACUCUGUUAUGGAACAAUUUGCGGGUGCAAUUGGCAGAGGUGUUACACAUGGGGAAACCAGGAAAGCAUCAAAAAGUCAUCCUGGCCCUGGUAUAGAAAACUUCCCACGUGCAAUUGGAAGAGGAAAAAUACAGAAUGCAGAAAAGAAGGCACAGCCAAAGGGCCAUCUUGGCAGUGAUAUAGAACACAUAACAGGUGUGACUGGAAGAAGUGCUAUACUUAAGGAAUUCCAGAUACAACCAAAGAGUCAUCUUGUUAAGACGUCUUAUAAAACCAAUCAUAUGCUCACACAGCAUCAAGAUUUACUUGUCAGGAACAUCCCACAACAUCAGUUUCCAACAAAAGUGACAAAUUUCUCACUAUUAGGCAAAGAAGGGAAACCAAUUAAUGCGAUUUUAAACCAGCAAGACGAAGUUAAAAAUACUCUACCGUUUAUGACCUCUACAGCUAAAAAAGGGACUGAUAUAGAAGGCUUCAUGGGUGCUAUUGGAAGAAGUGUAAUACCCAAGGAAAUGAAGGCACAGCCCAAGAGUUAUCUUGGUAAGAAAUAUUUUAAAACCAAACAUAUGAAUACACCGCAUCAAGAUUCACUUGCCAGGGAUGUCACACGUCAAUUUCCAGCAAAAGUGAUAAAUUUAUCACCAUUUAGCAAAGAAGGGCAGCCAAAUAAUGGGAUCUUAAAACAACAAAAUGAACAUACAAAUAUUCUGCCUGUUCUGAUCUCUGCUUUUAAAAUACCUAUCUAUGUAAAGUGUUAAAUACUGCUGCCCUCAAAUCUCCAC